CACUUGCUCACUUCUCCUCCACUUCACACUCCGCAGCUUCACCUAGGAAACCCCGGACCUCGAAGCUCUCGAUCGCCGCGGCAAUGGCGGGGCGCAUCAUUGGGCCGCGUACUCCCCAAUGAUUGAUCCGCUUCCGAUCACCAUUGCCACCACCUCCAUCUCCAAUAAGCUCUCGUUAGUUUUCUUGUAGCUUAAUUAACACGAUGACCAACCACAACGGCAGCAGCAAUGGCAAUGACACGAACGCGGCGGCGAGCGGCUGGCUAGGCUUCUCGCUGUCGCCGCACAUGGCCUCCUCCAUGGAAGACCACCACCACUACGUGCAGCAGCAGCAGCACCAUGGCUUCUUCUUCCCUUCCGUCACUGCUGCUGCUGCCGCCGCAGCCUACGGCCUCGGCAGCGAUGCCGUGGCCACCAUCGCGUCGUACUACACGCCGCAGCUCGCUUCCAUGCCGCUCAAGUCCGACGGCUCCCUCUGCAUCAUGGAUGCCCUCCGAAGAACCGAUCAAGAUCACAACGGGCCGAAGCUUGAGGACUUCUUGGGCGCGGCGCAGCCGCAGGCCAUGGCGCUGAGCCUGGACAACGCCUCGAGCUUCUACUACUACGGCGGCGGCGGGGGCCACCACCACGGCCACAACGGGUCGUUCUUGCAGCCGUGCGCCGACGUGUACGGCGGGGCAUCGGCGCCGGCGCUUGUAGCCGACGACGAGGCUUCGGCGGCGGCGGCUGCCACGGCGAUGGCGAGCUGGGUGGCCGCGCGCGCCGAGAGCGGCGUCCUGUCUGCCGCGGGGGCGGGGCAGCAGCACCACCCGCUGGCCCUGUCCAUGGGCUCCGGGUCGCUGUCGAGCUGCGUGACCGCGGCGCACUCCCAGCUGCACGGCGGCCAGUACGGCAUGGCGGGUUCGGCGCUGGCGGUGGACGGCGGGCGGAAGCGCGGCGGCGCGGCGGGGCAGAAGCAGCCGGUGCACCACCGCAAGUCCAUCGACACGUUCGGGCAGAGGACGUCGCAGUACCGGGGCGUCACGAGGCAUAGGUGGACGGGGAGGUAUGAGGCGCACCUGUGGGACAACAGCUGCAAGAAGGAAGGCCAGACCAGGAAAGGCAGGCAAGUUUAUCUCGGCGGGUAUGACAUGGAGGAGAAGGCGGCGAGAGCCUACGACUUGGCGGCGCUCAAGUACUGGGGACCCUCCACACACAUCAACUUCCCGCUGGAGGACUACCAGGAGGAGCUGGAGGAGAUGAAGAACAUGACCAGGCAGGAGUACGUGGCUCAUCUCAGAAGGAAGAGCAGCGGUUUCUCACGGGGCGCGUCGAUGUACCGUGGAGUGACAAGGCAUCACCAGCAUGGGCGGUGGCAGGCGCGCAUCGGCCGCGUCUCCGGCAACAAGGACCUCUACCUCGGCACAUUCAGCACACAGGAGGAGGCGGCGGAGGCGUACGACAUCGCCGCCAUCAAGUUCCGCGGCCUCAACGCCGUCACCAACUUCGACAUCACGCGCUACGACGUUGACAAGAUCAUGGCCAGCAACACGCUCCUCCCCGGCGAGCUCGCGCGCCGCAAGAAGGACGACGAGGUCACCGCCAUCACCAACGACAGCAGCGCCGCGGCCCUGGUGCAGGCCGGCAGCAACGCCGCCACGGAAACCUGGAAGAUUGCCGCGGCGCUGUCCGCCGCCCCGAGUAGAGCCGGCGAGCACAGCCAGAUCAACCACCACGACGAAGUGUUGUCCGGUGCCGAGGCUUUCUCUGUGCUGCACGACCUGGUGACAGCCGCGGACCACGACGGCGGCGCCCACAACGGGGGCGCCCACAUGCCCAUGUCGAGCGCGUCGUCGCUGGUGACGAGCCUGAGCAACUCCCGCGAGGGGAGCCCCGACCGUGGCGGCGGCCUGUCCAUGCUCUUCUCCAAGCCGUCGCAGGCGCAGGCGCAGGCGAUGAGCCCGCUGAUGCCGCUGGGCUCCUGGGCGUCCCCAGCGUCGGCCAGGCCCGCCGCCGUGUCCAUCGCGCACAUGCCCGUGUUUGCCGCCUGGACCGACGCGUGAGCCCCACGACCGAUUCCACCAUGCACGGGCAUGCACCUCCCGAUUACCACGUUCCCGUUCUUGGUGCAUGAACUCGCGCGUCCUGCUGCCUGUGGCGGGUCUUCGUCACUUAUGCAAUUUAGGGUUUUUGGAUGGUUGGCGUAGCGGGUUAAUUAGCCAUGGGAGAUUGAUUAGUUAAGCUAGGAGAGGGGAAUGAAUGCACGGCGCGGCCUCUGCUGUUUCCUUCUUCUCCGGCGACGGCCGACCGGGUCCGGAAAGAAGGGGUUUUGUAAUAUGGAGGCUGGAGAUCAGG